CGUGUCAUCACAAUAAUGUCUGAAUUGUAUUUGCAUGUCCAUAUUUAUCAUGUUGCCCAAUUACGUUUGAUAUAUAAAUGGUUCAACUACUUACAUUUUAUUUUUCAGACAAAUUUCAACUUGCUCCUCUGGGUUGUAUUACUAUGUUGCUCGAUAUGGCAUGGAUUGGCCCAAACAGGUGGAAGUGAUUGUAUAAAGGCUAAUGCAAAAUCAUGUGGGGAAUGUAUACAGGCAGGACCAAACUGUGGCUGGUGCAAAGAGCCAAACUUUUUACAAGAAGGAGAGCCAACUUCAGCCCGAUGUGAUGAGUUAGAAGCACUAAUGAAAAAGGGAUGCUCUGUGAGUGAAAUAGAAAAUCCUAGAGGUACCAAAGAAGUCCACAAAAAUAAAGAGGUAACAAAUCGUAGCAAAGGUACUGCAGAAAAGCUGAAACCAGAGGACAUUACCCAGAUCCAGCCCCAGCAAUUAGUACUGAAGUUGCGGACAGGGGAACCACAGAUGUUUUCAUUAAAAUUUAAGAGAGCUGAAGAUUACCCUAUUGAUCUUUAUUACCUUAUGGAUCUCUCUUACUCCAUGAAGGAUGAUUUAGAGAAUGUGAAGAGUCUUGGAACUGCUCUAAUGACCGAAAUGGAGAAAAUAACUUCAGAUUUUCGAAUUGGAUUUGGCUCCUUUGUGGAAAAAACUGUGAUGCCGUAUAUAAGUACCACACCAGCCAAACUUAGGAACCCUUGUACAGGUGACCAGAACUGUACAAGUCCAUUUAGUUACAAAAAUGUGCUCAACCUUACCAGUGAAGGAAAACUAUUCAAUGAACUUGUAGGUAAACAACACAUUUCUGGCAAUUUGGAUUCUCCUGAAGGUGGAUUUGAUGCAAUAAUGCAAGUUGCAGUUUGUGGGACACAAAUUGGAUGGAGAAAUGUGACACGAUUGUUGGUGUUUUCUACGGAUGCUGGAUUCCACUUUGCUGGAGAUGGUAAACUUGGUGGAAUUGUUUUACCGAAUGAUGGAAAGUGUCAUCUGGAAAAUAACGUGUACACAAUGAGUCAUUACUAUGAUUAUCCCUCUAUUGCUCAUCUGGUACAGAAGCUUAGUGAGAACAACAUUCAGACAAUUUUUGCUGUAACUGAGGAGUUUCAGGCAGUUUACAAGGAACUGAAAAAUCUCAUCCCAAAGUCAGCAGUUGGAACUCUAUCUGCAAAUUCCAGCAAUGUGAUUCAGCUGAUUAUUGAUGCCUACAACUCCUUGUCUUCAGAGGUUAUCUUGGAAAACAGCAAGCUACCAAAAGGAGUGACAAUCAAUUAUAAAUCUUACUGCAAGAAUGGAGUGAAUGGCACAGGAGAAAAUGGCAGAAAGUGUUCCAACAUUUCAAUUGGGGAUGAGGUUAAAUUUGAGAUUAGUGUAACUGCUAAUGAAUGUCCAAAGAAAGGACAAAAUGAAACCAUUAAAAUAAAACCACUGGGUUUCACUGAAGAAGUGGAAAUUAAUCUUCAGUUCAUCUGUGAAUGUCAGUGUCAAAAUAAGGGAAUUCCUAAUAGUCCACUGUGCCAUGAGGGAAAUGGAACAUUUGAGUGUGGUGCUUGCAGAUGUAAUGAAGGACGUAUUGGAAAAGAGUGUGAAUGUAGCACAGAUGAAGUAAAUAGUGAAGAUAUGGAUGCUUACUGUAGAAGAGAGAACAGUACAGAAAUAUGCAGUAACAACGGGGAGUGUAUUUGUGGACAAUGUGUGUGCAAGAAAAGGGAAAACACCAAUGAAGUCUAUUCUGGCAAACACUGUGAAUGUGAUAACUUCAAUUGUGAUCGAUCUAAUGGCCAAAUUUGUGGAGGAAAUGGUAUCUGCAAAUGUAGAGUAUGUGAGUGUUUCCCCAAUUUCACUGGCAGUGCUUGUGACUGCUCUUUGGAUACAUCUUCAUGUAUGGCUUCCAAUGGGCAAAUCUGCAAUGGAAGAGGAACCUGUGAGUGUGGAACCUGUAACUGCACAGAUGCCAAAUUCCAAGGCCCCACAUGUGAGAUGUGUCAGACCUGCCUUGGUGUGUGUGCAGAGCACAAGGAUUGUGUUCAAUGCAGAGCUUUCAAAAAGGGAGACAAGAAAGACUCAUGUUCUCAGGAGUGUAUGCAUUUCAACAUGACACUAGUGGAAAGUCGGGACAAGUUACCACAGCCUGGCCAGCCUGAUCCACUGUCUCACUGUAAAGAGAAGGAUGUUGAUGACUGCUGGUUCUAUUUCACAUACUCUGUCAAUGCAAACAAUGAAGCAAUUGUUCACGUGGUACAAAUGCCAGAAUGCCCCAGUGGCCCUGACAUCAUUCCCAUAGUAGCUGGUGUGGUUGCUGGAAUUGUUCUGAUUGGUCUUGCUUUAUUACUGAUUUGGAAACUACUUAUGAUCAUUCAUGACAGAAGAGAAUUUGCUAAAUUUGAAAAGGAGAAGAUGAAUGCGAAGUGGGACACGCAAGAAAAUCCAAUAUACAAGAGUCCUAUUAAUAAUUUCAAGAAUCCAAACUAUGGACGUAAAGCUGGUCUCUAAGUCUCAGGUGAAAAUCCUAUUUACAAGAGUGCAGUGACAACUGUGGUCAAUCCUAAAUAUGAAGGAAAAUGAACACUAUUUGUAUUACUUCUCAACACUGUAUGCAAUGUAGCAAUUUUUGUAGUCACAGUAAGAUAGAAUUAGGGCAGUUCUGCAGUGAUUUUACUAACUCAUUACAUGUAGUUUUGUUUCCUAUGCAGGUUUUGAAAAUGUACAAUAUGUAAUUUUUUUUUUUAAAUAAAAUAAUCAGUGCCAGGGGACUGACAGAAAACUUGAGACUGCAUAGCCUAGUCAGCUAAGGUCACAUGGUGCCUUUUUGAAUUUUUCCCUACUGUGCUGUUCAAAUGUAGGUCUUCUGUGGGAAGCGUAAGAUAUUGCUGUGAUGUGACUGGG